GAACCAUUUAGGUUGUCUUCUCUUGGUCAAAGCCUGAUCUCCCAACUCAGAAAGAAAAGUUCAACAAGAUUCCACUAAAAUUUACACCAGAUAUAUAUAUAUAAAAACUUGGCAAAUAACUUCCUGGCGAGGCAUGAAAAUAACUUCAUAUGUUAAUAUCAGUCUAGUCUCUAGUGUAAAGCAUAAAAUGUUUAAUCUACAUUAUUUGUUUGUAAAUCAUAAACAAACACUUUCCUUAGGUUUGCAAAUCUGGUGGCUGAAAAAAGUAAACAUUAACCUGAUCCACUAUGCUGAAGGAAAAGUAAGCCUGCUACUAAUCCUGAUCCACUGCCUCAACUUGAAAAAGAUGUCAUUCUUACACAAGGCCUCAAGAAUAUUAAUUUAUCUUAUAAAUAAAAUAAUAUACAUAUAUAAAAAAAAAAAAAAAACAAUGUCCACCAUAAUUCACAUCAUAAUGCUGUAAUAACGUGCAGUUAUUAUUUAUUUAUAUUUUAAUAUACACUGAAACACUCCAAAAAAGCAUUUCUUGGCAACUUCUUGGAACCAUCGGUUCAUCAACCACUAUGGUGGCAUUAUUCAAAAGAAAAUAUUGGAUCAAUCAUCCAAUGUAAUAAUGUCCAAUGAAUCAAUAUUGGAUCACUACUUCUUUUUGUUCUAACCUUUACACUAGUUAUCUCUCUCUCUCUCUCUCUCUCUCAAGAGCAGAAACCAUGGCUGACUUAAUGGUGGGGGGAGCUCUUCUCUCUGGUUUCAUCAAUGUCCUCUUUGACAGGCUUGCUUCCAAAGAGGUACUUGACUUCUUUCGAGGAAACAAACUCAAUCUUAAGCUGCUCAAAAGGCUGAAGACUGUGUUGCUAUCAGCUAAUGCGCUGCUGGACGAUGCCGAGGAGAAGCAGCUUGGAGACAACAACGUGAAGAAUUGGCUUGAUGAGCUUAAAGAAGUACUGUACGAAGCAGAUCACGUGAUGGACAAGAUCAGUACUGAAGCUCUGCGACUCAAGAUGGAGGAAGAUGAACUCGAAAGCACAGCAAGUAAGCCCUUCAACUUUGUCUCUAAUAAUCCAUUUGAAAUAAGUGCUGUGAAAUCUGAAAUAGAAGAGAUCCUUGAUACUCUAAUGGAUCUUUUAGAACAGACAGAAUACCUUGGUUUGAAAAAAGUUGACCGGAAAACAACAUUACAUAGAACACAUGCCCCUUUGCUAGAUGAUUCACAAGUUUAUGGAAGGGAGGGUGACAAAGAGGCUAUUCUUAAGUUAUUGUUGUGUGAUGAUGAUGCUGGCCCUAGGAUCUCAUUUAUUCCUAUAGUGGGGAUGGGUGGCAUUGGCAAAACUACUCUUGCUCAGAACGUAUUUUACGAUACCACUGUCCAACAACACUUUGCCUUGAAAGUAUGGGUAACUGUGUCCGAUGAUUUUGAUGUUGUCAAAAUAACAAAGAUUAUUUUGGAGAAGAUCACUGGAAAAGAAAAUAAAGCAAAUGAGCUACAUCAACUUCAAAAAGACUUGAAGGAUUCUUUGGCAGGGAAGAAAUUUCUUUUUGUUCACGAUGAUGUGUGGAACGAAAAAUAUGAGUUGUGGGAUCUUUUGAAAAGCUCUUUUCAAUCUGGCGCACAAGGAAGCAAGAUUAUUGUCACCACACGUAAUGGAGAUGUCGCACUGAAGAUGAAGACGAGGAAUGUUCAAACUUAUGAGCUUAAGAACAUGUCUGAUGAUGAAUGUUGGAAGUUAUUUGCAGAGCAUGCCUUUGAUAAUGUAGGCUCUAAUGAGGUGGUAUUGUCCGAGUUGCAAGAAAUUGGAAGACAAAUUGUUAAGAAGUGCAAGGGCCUUCCUUUAGCAGUAAAAUCGAUGGCUAGUCUUUUACGAUCUAUGUCAACUCGUGACGAAUGGAGGCAUGUACUGCAAAGUGAUGUGUGGGAGAUGCCCAAUCGUCAAGACAUUGAAAUUGUUCCAGCUUUGUGGUUGAGCUACCGAUUUUUGCCUCCUUAUUUGAAGCCAUGUUUUUCUUAUCUAUCUAUAUUUCCUAAAGAUUACAAAUUUGGUGAUGUUGAUAGAGAAAAACUAAUCUUAAUAUGGAUGGCAGAAGGUCUUUUGAAAUCUCAACCUGGAAAAAGAAUUGAAGAUGUUGGAGAAGAGUACCUGAAUGCUUUAAUAGCAAGAUCAUUUUUUCAAAGAAACACAAGGAAUCGUUAUCUUUCUAUGCACGAUCUUAUGCAUGAUCUAGCUAUGUAUGUAUCAGGUGAGUGUUGUUUUAUUUAUGAUAGUUGUAAAGACUUGCACAAAUUUAGUAGCAAGACCCGCCAUCUAUCAUACAUGAAAGUCUUAAGAGAUGCAAUAGAAUUUGAUAAUUUACCUAAAGCGAAGUAUUUGCGUAGCUUGUUGGCUUUACCAUUAUCAAAUAUAUAUUCACUCUCUGAUGCAAGAUUAACACUUCAAAUGGUGCUAAGAGAUGGAGAAUGCUUAAGAGCACUUUCUUUAUCUGAGUCUAAUAUCACAAAAUUGCCUUCUUCGAUUGAGAAUUUAAAGUAUCUGAGGUAUUUGGAUAUAUCUAGUACAAACAUUGAAGAAUUACCUGUUUCAAUUUGUGUGUUGUACAAUUUGGAAACACUGGUAUUGUCACAUUGUGGAAAACUCACACAGUUGCCUACCAACAUUUCUAAGCUAAUCAAUCUGCGUCAUCUUAUGAUAAGAAGAACACAUUUAAAAGAGAUGCCGCCCAAGAUUUUCAAUAUGAUCAAUCUUUGGACAUUAAGUGAUUUUGUUUUGUGUGGAAAUGAUGGGUCCAGGAUCAAAGAGUUGGGUAAGUUGGAGAAUUUGCAUGGAAGCUUGCAAAUUUUAGGCCUUGGGUAUGUAAAGGAAGUGAGUGAUGUUUUUGAAGGAAACUUGAAGAACAAAAAGAAUCUCACUGAGCUUAUCUUAAGAUGGAAUGGUGAAGCAGAUGAUUCAAUAAAGGAAAGAGAAGUACUUAAUGCGCUCCAACCACAUGAAAAUUUGAAGAAACUCAAAAUACACAAUUAUAACGGCACAAACUUACUAGAUUGGGUAACACAUCCGUCCUACUCUAAUUUGGAAAAACUUCAUCUAGACUGUAAAAAUUGUUGCUUGUCGUUGUUAUCAUUUCGGCUACUAAGUUCACUGAGAGAUCUUAAUAUUUCAUGUCUUUAUAUGCAUGAUGAGUUUGGUGGUAUUUCUUUGAACAUGCCAUUUGCACUGUUAGAAGUACUAAAGCUUGAUGGAAUAAGUAGACUGGAUUGGUCGUUUACCAAUACAGAUGGCCAAAAGUGUGAGAUUUUCCCUUGUUUGAAGAAAUUUGUUUUAAGCAGGUGUGGGAAGAUAAAUGUGGCAUUACCUAUCGGUAAUUUUCCAUCUUUGAAAUAUAUCGACAUUGAAGAAUGUAAUGAAUUGGUGACUAUAUUUCCAUCAAGUACUCAUAUUGACGUUGCAUAUCCCUCUCUUGAAUGGUUGAACAUAGAUGGUUGCUCAAGGUUGGAGUCAUUUUCGGAAAUGGGAUUACCCUCUUCUUUAAAAAAUCUACGUAUCAUAUCAUGUAAUAUGCUCAUGGAAAAUCGCAUGAAAUGGAAUUUACAAAGACUCCCAUUGUUGAUUGAGUUAUAUCUUAAGAAUUAUGGAGGAGCGGUGGAUUCAUUUCCAGAAGAAUGGUUGCUCCCACCUUCUUUAACUCUUCUUUGGAUCUGGGAAUUUGAUAGGCUUACAGCUCUAAACGGCAAAGGUUUUCACCACCUCACCUCACUUCGACGAUUGGAACUUCAUCACUUGGAAAAGCUAGAGUGCUUGCCAGCAGAAGGAUUGCCCCAGACUCUUACUGCCUUGACUAUAUCAGGUUGUCCUGUGUUGAUUCCUAGGUGCAAGGAAGGAACAGGGGAAGAUUGGCCCAAGAUUCAACACAUACCUAACAUAGACGCACAGCACUGGUUUUAACCACAAUCUAAUGAUAUGAGGAGCUGUCGCUGUCUUUUUCAAGUUCUUUAUCUUUUGAUGAUGUUGGUGUCACCCUUCAAUCUUCUUUGACCCAACUUGGUGGUGUUUAGAUGUUGAUGAUCAUUGCCCUUUGGCCAAGUGUCCCACUGCUCCUGGGGUUGCAAUACAUUUGGUCUUUACUCAAGCCCUUAUGUCUCCUGGGGUUGCAAUACAUUUGGUCUUUACUCAAGCCCUUAUGUUAGCUAGAAGUUUGUUUCUGAUUGACCAUUCCUCUUUUCAACUUGAAGUCUCUCAUUGGUCAUAAGGGUCUAUAAAUAUUCUUAGACUGAUGUUUAGAGUAACUUGAUGUGUUGAUGUUUGAGUCAUCUGAUUUGUAUUUAUUGCGUGAAAAUCCUAUAGUGUGUGCUUGGACAAAUCAUCUUGUAUUUGCAUUUUAUGUUUUUGCUUUUCUGUGUGGUUUUCUUUGUUUUUCUUGUGUGAGAUAUGUUUUUUUUUCCUUAUGUAUUUUUCUCUUUGUCUUGCUUGUUACUAGGUAUUCCUCUGCCAUAAGUGAGGUUUUUCAAUAAAUUUGGGAGGAAGUCACUCGUGGA